CAAAUGGAAAAAACACAAGAGUUUCGCAGUGGACCUGUCAAGAUUUCAUUUACAUGAUGUGAAAAUGAUCGAAUCUUCCAUAUCCUUUACACUAGUCGACGAAUCUGCAAAAAUCGAUAUCAUUAUUGGAUUUUCUUAACAAGCACACUAUCGAAUAUCAAAUCAUGAAAAUCCACCUCUUAUGAUGAACAUGCCUCCUAAUGACCUAAACACCUUAAAAAGAGUGGGAAGGUCCUUAGGAAGAGCUAACUAUAACCCUAACCACGUAAAAAAUCUAUACUAAAUUGAUUCACUCGUUCUGCAUGUUACAAACAAAUAAGAAAUAAACUUGAUAGACCCUUACACAGUAGACACAAAAUACCUUAUGAGUCAACCAACACCCUCCGCUUAUGCAAGAUCUCUCUGAUACGAAUCUUAUCUUGAAAAAACUGUCAAGAGUUUAAAAAGUUUCAAUUACUCCGAAUUAGGGAAAAGACCGACUCCAUAGAAUUGAGCAACAACUCACUAGGAAGAUUGCACAUAUGAUGAGGUAAGUAAGUUAAGGCUAAAGAAAAAUAUUAUUCUCAUUCAGUUUGAUAAAAAGCCUAUUUAUUAAUGAAAAAUUUGAUAAAUAGAUUGAAAUGUAAGAAUAGAACAAUAACGGUUUCUUCGACGGGGGCUUGGGUGGAAAAUGUUUGGAUUUGGGAGGUGAAGCUUAAGCCUGAGAGGUUGUUACGGGCGGAGGAAGAAAUUGAGUUGGAAUCUCUCUAUUCCGUUAUGCAGGAUGUUCAGAUUCAUCAGCAAAUGAAGGAUUCUUUUAUGUGGUGGAGGAGCAAUAACGGUUUCUCGGUUAAAAGUAGUUAUCAAGGUUUAGAAGCUGCUUUUGGUUUGAAGGUGCGGAUUGAUGAGUGCUACUUUCAGUUGUUGGAUCUGCUUUGGAUAACAAAUGUGCCUAGCAAAAUUCUAGUUUUUGGAUGGAGAUUUUUGUUGAACAGGUUAGCUAGUCAGGAGGCUUUGUCAUUUAGAGGGAUCAUCAGUGGAUCUAACUCUCUUGGAUGUCCCCUCUGUUCUAUUUAUUCAGAAAUUAUUCCCCAUCUGUUCUUCGACUGUUUUCUGCCUUUUAUGUUCGAGAGCAAAUUUACGAGUGGAUGAAACUGUAGUUUCAAUUUGAGUUAGAUGCUUCUGGUAGUAAUCUCAGCAGUUUUAGUUUUUUGCUAAAAGGAAGGAUGAACAAGAGCAAUCGUCUCUUGGUUUGGCUUUCGGUUUGUUGGGCUAUUUAGCCAAGUAGAAAUGAGGUUGUCUUUCAACUAGUGGUUGUGCGGGCUAGUGAAGUGGUUGAUAGGGCUAAAGUGUUGGCUUGGAACGUUUGUUGCCAAAACCAAAGAAAAAUCAUGGCAGAACUUGUUGCUGGAGCAUUCCUUUCGUCUUUCUUUCAAGUGAUUUUUGAUAGGUUGGCUUCAAGUAAUUUCACUGACUAUUUCCGUAGAGGCAAGCUUGACAAGUUGGUGGAGGAACUUGAGUCUACACUCGAGUCUAUCAACCAAGUGUUGGAUGAUGCAGAGAUUAAACAAUACCAAAUACCAAAUGUCAAGAAGUGGCUUGGUGAUGUUAAACAUGCUAUGUAUGAGGCUGACCAACUCUUGGAUGAGAUUGCCACUGAUGCACCAUUGAAGAAGAUAAGAGCUGAAUCUCAACCUACUACCAGUAGGAAUAACUAUUUUGGUUAUGUUUCAAGUUUUAUUAAUCCAUUUGAAUCUCGAGUCAAAGAAUUGCUAAAGAAUCUAAAGCAUCUUGCUGAGCAAAAAGAUGUGCUGGAAUUGAAAAAUGGAUCUUUGGCUCGAAAUGAAGUUGGAGUUAGUUCAAAACCUUUAGAAAGACCGCAAACUUCCUAUUUGGUGGAUGCAUCGCAGAUAUAUGGUAGAGAUGAUGAGAAAGAUGAAAUGAUCAAAUUUUUACUUUCAAACAAUGGCAGUGACAACCAAACACCUGUAUCUAGCAUAGUUGGUCUAGGUGGGAUGGGUAAGACCACCUUUGCUAAGCUUGUGUACAAUGACAGUAGGAUUGAGAAUCAUUUUGAACUUAAAGCAUGGGUUUAUGUUUCUGAAUCUUUUGAUGUUGUUGGACUCACCAAAGCAAUUCUCAAGUCAUUUCAUUCUCCAGCUGAUGAUGAGUCUAUUCUCAAUUUACUUCAACAGAGACUACAACGCGUACUAACGGGCAAAAAAUACUUGCUUGUUUUAGAUGAUAUAUGGAACGGGAAUGCGGAUUGUUGGGAGCAGUUACUACUUCCUUUUAAUCAUGGAUCUUUUGGAAGUAAGAUUAUUGCGACAACACGUGACAAGGAUGUAGCACAUGUUCUGAAUUCCACAAAGAUAUUUGAAUUACAGCAAUUGGAAAAAAAAGAUUGUUGGAGUUUAUUUGUGACACAUGCGUUUCAUGGCAAAAAUGUGUGCGAUAAUCCAAACCUUGAAUUAAUUGGCAAAAAAAUAUUGGAAAAGUGUGGAGGAUUGCCAUUAGCUGUAAAAACAAUGGGCCAACUCUUGCGAAAAAAAUUCUCUCAGCAUGAAUGGAUGAAGAUAUUGGAGACUGAUUUGUGGCGUUUAUCAGAAGGGGACAACAACAUUAACCCAGUGCUGAGAUUGAGUUACCAUAAUCUACCUUCCAAUCAUAAACGUUGUUUUGCUUAUUGUUCUAUAUUUCCUAAAGGUUAUCACUUUGAAAAAUGUGAAUUAAUCAGGAUUUGGAUGGCAGAAGGUUUGCUUAAGUGUUGCAGAACAGAAAAAAGUGAAGAAGAGUUGGGUAAUGAAAUUUUUGGUGAUCUUGAGUCAAUUUCAUUUUUCCAACAAUCAGCCUACUAUUAUUCUACCAUGCAUGACCUUGUCAAUGAUUUGGCUGAUUCAGUGUUAGGAGAAUUUUGUAUGCGAAUAAACGAAGCUAAGGUGGAAGGUAUCCCUGGAAGGACACGUCACAUUAGAUGGUCUCUUCAAUCAAAUUUUGUUGACAAAUUACUAGAGCCAAUUUGUGAGCUUAAGGGCCUACGUAGUCUUUUAUUAGAAGACCACUUUGGUAUAUCGAUAAGCCGCAAUGUGCAACGUGAUAUGUUUUCAAGACUAAAAUAUUUGCGAAUGUUAUCAUUAUAUUAUUGCGGCAUCUCAGAGCUAGUAGAUGAGAUAAGCAAUUUAAAGCUUCUGCGUUAUCUAGAUCUUUCUCGUAAUAGAAUUUCAAGGUUACCUGACACCAUUUGUAUGCUAUAUAAUUUGCAAACACUCUUGUUGAAUGGAUGUAAUGAAUUGACUGAGCUCCCUUCAAAUUUUUACAAACUCAUCAAUUUACGCCAUCUUGAACUUCCCUAUUCUAUAAUGAAAAUGCCAAAGAAUAUAGGAAGUCUAAGCAAUCUCCAAACCUUGAAUUUUUUUACAGUGGAAGAGCAGAACGGAUCAGAUCUUAAGGAGUUGGAGAAACUAAACCAUCUUCAUGGAACAAUUUAUAUUGAAGGGUUGGGUAAAGUCAUUGAUCCUACAGAUGUUACAACAAGAAGUUUGAAAGAUAAGAUGUAUUUGGAAGAAAUAGAGAUGAUAUUUAAUGGAGGAAGAGAAGAUAUGGAUGGAUCAAUAGUUGAAAGCAAUGUAUCUGUCUUGGAGACUCUUCAACCAAAUAGUAACUUGAAGAAGCUAACCAUCAGAAUGUACAGAGGUAAUAGCUUUUCUAAUUGGCUAAGUGGUUGUCAUUUACUCAAGAUGCUUUAUAUUUCAGACUGUCAUGGAAUAAAGAUCAUCGGAAAAGAGUUAUCCAGCAAUAACUUCAACUCUCUUGAAAUUUUGAUCUUUGAAAAUAUGGACAAUUUGGAGGAAUGGUUAUGUAUUGAUGGGUUUCCUUUACUUAAAGAGCUUUAUAUAAUAAAUUGUCCCAAAUUGAAAAGGGUAUCACUGCCUCAACACCUUCCUUCAUUAGAGAUAUUGGAGAUUAGUGGUUGCAAAAUGCUGGCCGUAUCAAUUCCCAUUUGUGAUAAUAUCGAAGAGUUAAAAAUAAAGAGAUGUGGUCGGAUUUUGAUAAAUGAGUUGUCAUCCAGCUUGAAAAGGUUCAGCCUUCGUGAAAAUCAGUACAUCGAGUUCCCCAUGGUUCAUUUAAUCAACAAUCCCAAUCUGGAAUUAUUAAAGUUGGAUUUCAAGGACUUUGUAGAAUGUCCCUCUUUGGAUUUGUGUUGUUAUAAUUCUCUUUGGGAAUUUUCAAUAACAGGAUGGAAGUCCUCCUCCUUGCCUUUUUCACCACACUUGUUCACCCUUCUUAAUGCUCUAGGGCUGUCUAAUUGUCCAGAAUUAGAAUGUUUUCCUAUGGGAGGUUUCCCUUCCAACUUGAUCGAUCUUAAAAUAGUUAAUUGUCCUAAAUUGAAAGCUUCGAGAGAGGACUGGCGUUGUCUCCACCACAAAUCUAAAGUUUAUAUUAUUAUUAUUCACAAUUGCGCUAGUCUUGAGCACUUGCCAGAGGAGUGGGGUUCCAUUUUUGAUUUGGAGAUUGAAGAUUGUCCAUUACUUAAGGAGAAGUACCAAAAGGAGGGAGGAGAUCGUUGGCAUACAAUUAGUCACAUCCCUGAAGUGAUAAUUGACGGUUCUUACCAGACUUCUUUUAUUUCGGAAGAGGAAAUGAGUGACUGUGACAGUGACGAGUCUAUGUAAGCGGAUCCAAUUGGCAGACGUUUCCGGAUGGAGGCAGGCUUAAGUUAGUUAUUUAAAAUUUAGAGAAUGUUUAAUGUUAAUUGUCCAGUUUUCACUUUUGUUGUUAAACUAACAGUUCAUUUUCAAAUCCGCCACUGCAUAAUAUAUAGGCCAACUUCACUUCUCUCAAUGUCUCUGUAUUGACUUCGACUAUAAUAAUUAUUUUUCAUUGAUGUCAGCUAUGCUUAGCAGUUAUGAGUUAUGUGUGUUUCUAUUUUAGAGUUGUAUCUAGCACAUAACUCUCUCAAUUUGCUAUGCCAUGUUCAUCAUCAAAUGCUUUGUCUAGCAUAAAACUUCUAUAGUCUAUUUCAAGUACUGCAUUAACACAGGUUACUCAAAACCACUUCAUGGCAUUUUUCAUUUUCUAAGCCAAAUUAUUUAUCUUCCUUAGUACUAUAAUAACUUGUUCAUGUUUAGCUUUUUGGGUUUACAUCAAUUUGAUAAAUAUAUUGUCAAUCAUGUUACAGAUUUAUCAUGGAAGUCAAAGGCAUGAUAUGUAUCAGCCUUUCACAUUCAUGAGAUUUUCAUUCAAAGAUAGCAGGAGAGUCCGCGGUACUCCCUUAAUACUUUGAUCAUUCACAGUUAUCCGUUACUUAAGGAGAAGUACAAAAAGGAUGGAUGUGAGCAUUGGCAUACAAUUAGUCACAUCCCUACUGUGAAGAUUGACGGUAUUCAGCAACAUUAGAUUGACGGAAUUGAGCAGUAGAAAUGACUUCUUUGUCACA